UAUAGUCAGAUGUCAAAUACAGCGGAGAGAGUGGUAAACAAAACAAAGAGCCUACGAUUAUUGGCUCGAUUGAACAUACACACGCCUAAAGCGAAUAAAAAAAAUAAAUGGUCAUGCUGAAUACGCAUGAUAUAAAGCUUGAUAUAAAUAAAUCAUUGGCGAUAAAAUCAGAAUUCGGCGCAUUUACCGAUCUCGCAGUUCGCAACGCGAGGAAGUGAAAUUAAUCGCGAUUCAGCCAGCAACAUGAACGGUGUCUUCGUUCUGAGCUUAUUGUGCCUCGUAUUACCGUACGAAAGUACAGGAUUUUUGAACGUAUAUCCAAAACUGAAGGAAUUUAGCCUCACUGAUGGAGAGGAUGCAGGCACACCGCUUUUCCUGACUCCUUUGAUAGAAAAUGGAAAAAUCGAAGAAGCACGAACAAUGGCUAACGUCCAACAUAAAGAGAUGGGUGAUGUUAGCAGUUACUCUGGUUAUUUCACAGUUAAUAAAAAGUACAAUUCCAAUCUUUUCUUCUGGUUCUUCCCAGCUACGCAUAAUCCAAAGACUGCACCAGUAAUAUUAUGGCUACAAGGUGGACCAGGUGCAACUUCAAUGUUCGGUCUUUUUAUGGAAAAUGGCCCAUUCAGUGUAACUGCUAAUAAAACUUUACAAAUGCGGAAAUACUCAUGGACCUUGGCACAUAAUGUAAUAUACAUUGAUAAUCCAGUUGGUACAGGCUACAGUUUUACUGAUAAUGAGAAGGGAUAUGCCAGGAAUGAAACAGACGUAGGAAGAGAUCUUCAUACUGCCCUGGUACAAUUUUUCCUGUUAUUCCCAGAAUUACAAAAUAAUGAUUUCUUUGUCACCGGUGAAUCAUAUGGUGGGAAGUAUGUGCCAGCAGUGUCUCAUGCUAUUAAAGAUUAUAAUAUCAAAGCAGAAACAAAAAUAAAUUUGAAAGGUCUAGCCAUUGGUAAUGGAUUAUGUGAUCCAGAAAAUCAAUUGCUAUAUAGUGAUUAUUUGUAUCAAAUUGGGUUAAUAGAUCUAAAUGGAAAGGCCAUAAUGCAAAAAUAUGAACAAAAAGCUCGCGAAUUUAUUAAAGAGAAACAAUUUGUCAAGGCUUAUGAGAUUUUUGAUUUACUCCUUAAUGGUGAUUUAACUAAUGCUCCAUCUUUAUUUCACAAUUUAACUGGUUUUGAUUAUUAUUACAACUAUUUAACUACUAAAGACAACAAUGAUUCUAAUUGGAUGUCCGAGUGGAUUCAGAGAGUCGAUGUAAGAUAUGCUAUACAUGUAGGUAACAAUACUUUUAACUACGAAGCCUCCAAUGUUGAAGAGUAUCUAAAAGAAGACGUUAUGCAAUCUAUAAUAGUUCUUUUAAAGGAUCUUCUGAAACACUAUAGAGUGCUUAUCUAUAAUGGACAAUUGGAUAUUAUUGUGGCAUAUCCACUCACAGAGAACUAUAUACAAAAGAUGGAAUGGUCUGGAGCAGAUAAAUAUGCGAAAGCACAGAGAAAAUUCUGGAUGGUCGGUAAAGAAUUAGCAGGUUACAAAAAUGUUGACAAUUUAACAGAGGUUCUGGUACGAAAUGCAGGCCACAUGGUUCCUUAUGAUCAACCAAAAUGGGCAUUAGACCUAAUUACCCGUUUCACUCAUAAUAAAAAAUUUUAAAUAAUUACUUAUAACAUAAGAGAUAUGUGAUAUAGGUUGCAAAUGUAUAUUUUAUAUAUAUAUAUAUAUAUCUAGACAUUUAAUAUAUAAAUAUAAGACAAUGUAUCACAAUAAUAUGUAAAAUGCUCUAAAAAGCUUAAGUCACAGUAAAAAAUGAACACAAUAGA